AUGGCACCGAAUGACGCCAACACCGCCGAAAACCAAGACUCGAAAGUCGAAGAGCAUAACCCAAGCAUCGACGAUAUGGAACCGAAUCCAGAGGAUGAAUACCCCGAGGGCGGUCUGCGAGCUUGGUCCGUCGUGCUGGGCUCCUGGUUCGCAUCCUUUUCGGCCCUGGGCGUCUCGAACAGCGUGGCCACCAUCCACGCCUACAUCAGCUCCCACCAGCUACAAGGAUAUAGCGAAGGCACCAUCGGAUGGAUCUUCUCGAUGUACAUUUUCCUAUGCUUCUUCUGUGGAAUCUAUAUUGGUCCCGUCUUUGACAAGUAUGGCCCGAAGUGGUUGAUCUUGUCCGGCACUGUCUGUGUCGUGACGGCUCAGAUGUUGUUGAGCAUUUCUACCCAGUUCUGGCACUUCAUGCUCGCCUUCGGAGUCCUCAACGGCAUCGGCGCCUCCCUCCUAUUCACGCCAUCUUUCGCAGCCGUCGGACACUGGUUCUACCACCGUAGAGGACUCGCCACAGGUAUAGCUUCUACAGGAGGAUGUUUUGGAGGCAUCAUGUACCCCAUGAUGCUCCGCGCCCUAUUCGAACAAGCGGGUUGGGCUUGGGCAAUCCGAGCCGUUGGCUUCAUUGUCCUCUUCUUCUGCGGGGCCGCAAUACUCCUCAUCGACAGACGACUACCCCCCGAUCUCAAAGCCUCGGUCCAUCCCAAUAUUCGCAUCCUCCGAGACCCGGCUUUUGCGUUGACUACGCUCGGCAUAUUUCUUAUGGAGUGGUCAAUCUUCAUUCCUCUUACCUAUAUAUCGAGCUAUGCCAUCCACAAGGGCUUCGAUGUCGACUUUGCCUAUCAAAUUCCCACGAUCCUCAAUGCUGGCAGUGUGACCGGACGUAUCUUGGCAGGGUGGUUCGGUGACUUUGCUGGGCCUUUCAACUCGAACAUUCUAGCUCUCGUGCUGAGCAUCAUCGCUUGCUUGGCCGUAUGGUUACCGGCAGGUUCCUCCAUGGCGGGCAUCGUCGUCUUCGUGGUACUUUUUGGCUUUGCCAGCGGCAACAACAUUAGCAUCAGCCCGGUUUGUAUUGGGAAACUCUGUAAGACGGAGAGUUAUGGGCGGUAUUACGCAACGGCAUACACGGCGGCCUCAUUUGCCUGCUUGUUUGACGUGCCUGUAGGUGGGGAAAUUAUUUCGGCGCAAAAUGGAGAAUAUUGGGGGCUGAUUUUGUUCACUGGUCUUAUCUAUGUUCUUUCUCUUGUUUCUUUGAUGGGGGCUAAGGUGGCUCGUGUUGGAUGGAGACCUUUCGCCAUCUUGUAA